AAUUUUCUCAAUGGCUUUUAAAGCUUGGAAGUGGAACAUUACCUGUCAAGCCUGAAGAUCCUUUGCGAGGGUGUAUUGAAAUACCUGAGCAGUGCUUUCUCAGUGAUAAUGAAUCUAUUGUGGAGAAGAUUUUCGGUGGUGCAGAAGAAGCUGAUUAUGCAAAACGUGCUAUUUUAACGCCAACAAAUGUUGAUUCAUUGGCAAUAAAUGAAGAAGUCCUUCAUCGCUUACCCGGUGAUGUGAAAACAUAUUUAAGUUCAGAUAGCAUUGAUACUGAUGAUCUUAAUGAAAUUAAUAACUUUCCAGUCGAGUUUUUAAAUAGUUUGACUCCAUCAGGUAUGCCUGUUCAUUGCCUAAAAUUAAAAAUUGGUGCUGUUAUAAUGCUACUUAGAAAUUUAGAUCUCAAAGGUGGACUUUGUAAUGGAACCCGUUUGAUGGUGCGUGCAUUACACAACAAUUAUAUUGAUGGUGAGGUUUUAACAGGUGUAUCAGCUGGUAACAGGGUAUUUGUUCCUCGAGUUCAAUUAGCUCCAUCAGAUGCAAAUUUACCUUUUACACUUAAACGCCGUCAGUUUCCAGUUAGGUUAGCAUACUCAAUGACCAUAAAUAAAAGUCAAGGUCAAACAUUUGAAAAAGUUGGUGUUUAUCUCAAAAAACCUUGCUUUUCACACGGCCAAUUAUAUAUUGCAUGUUCAAGAACAAGAUCAUUUAAUAGUUUGUUUUUCAAAGUUGAUAAACAUCCAUUACAAGCAAUGCUGAUAAAACUGAAUUUUUUUAAAAAAAGAGUUAUUCCAGCCUUCCAACCAAAUAUUAGAGACUUUUAAAAAAGCACUCUCACAAAAUAAUGCUUUUAUAAUCAAUUUAAAAGUCUUUCAAAUCGUUUUCUAAAGGCGAAGAAGAAGAAUAAUCAAUCUUCAUACCAUUUAAUAAAGCUAUUUUAAUAAAACGCAAUACAAA